AUGGCUUACUCCCAGAUGAUUACUGAUUAUCGUGGAUCAGUGCAACAGGCUGCAGAGUUGAAGCUGUUCCAAUCCUUGCCCUUGCAUAAUCGCACUUGUCUCCUAACGCAUCCUUUGUCUGCCUGCCUGGAUGAAGAGCAAGACGUGCCAGCUCAAGGGCCAAGUGCCGCCAUCGCAGUGACCACUCCGGCUUCCUGGACUGGCUUUCGGACUCUAAUUCAGGAUCUGGCUUGUGCACUACCAUCUUAUUAUCGAAAGGGGAUUACCAGACUACCCAAGGCUCAUGGGAAAGCCAUCACGCACCUGCAACAUGCAGAGGCACAAAAGCGGGUCGAUCUCAUUGAAGCACUCAUAACAUGGCGACUGGUCGAUGAGCUCUUACGGUGUCGGGGCAUAGACGAUGGGGAGUUUAAGGUUGAUUAUUCAAUUCAGUUCAAGCUGACAGUCAAACUUGUACAGGUAGGGGAAGCACUUCGCCAGACAUGGGUCGCACGAUUAGCGGAUUGGCCGGUUGUGUUGUUGCAAGCCACCACUGCCCAGGAAAGCAUGAUGGCAACACUCAAGCCCCCGCUUCUGAACAGCUUGACCAACCGAACAACCGAACAACAGCAGCUCUGGGUGGAUUUGCAAGCUAUAUGGUCUUGGAAUCGGAAGUAUGCGAACAAAUUGCGAUCCUUCACGAUUCAAAAUGAGAUGAACGAUAUCUGGGAACAAGUCGAGGCGAGUUUGAACACGUCUGGCCCCAGGAGUAAAGACUCGAUGGCCACUUUGUUGAACUGUGCCACUAUUUCACUGCUCAUACUAUUCAAGUGGUCACGGGAUGCAGCCCCCCUGCCCGUUCAGUGCUUGAUGUACUCCAGUUUGGUUGAUGAUCGAGACAAGCCCCCAGUACUCCAUAACGUUGAGUGCAGAUUUUGGUCCUUGUUGUUGGCGGUUUCUGAGGGAUCAGUGUCCGCUGAGAGCGGGCUUAUUCUCUUUCUCAAAUCGUAUAGGUCAGAAAUACAGGCGGCCACGCAGCCUAACCGUUUGAGGCCCUGGUUUGAAGCCGAUGUUCGAUUGAAACCACCCAAAGGCGGGCAAGGCUCCUCCAUCGAGACCGCCUCAGAAACCCCUCAAGAGGAGGACAAGAACGCUAUCGCUGUUGCACCCAUUGGUGAGGAGGAAAAACCCGAAGUAUUGUCGCAGCGAUCUUCACCAACCUCUGUAGUAGCGGCGAUCGACUUUGGAGACGACACUCAAGAAGACCCAGCUGCCAAGAACCUGGCCACAGUAGCCGGACUUCAACCCAGGAGGCAGAAACUGACAGAGACACUGUUACCGUCGCAUGACGAGGAUGGCGACGUGCAGCUCCCAGAAGAGAAGCUGAAGAAAAAAAAGAGUAGGAGGAACUGGAAGAAGACCAAGAGCAAGCCCAUGAUCAGUGAGGACGAGUCGGAGGCAUCCGCUGUGCCAGUCCCUCGGAAAAUCCAUGAGCUAAACAGCCAAUCCAACCCCAGUGAGAGCAAAGGCACAUAUGUCCAUAUACACAAGCCACCUCGUCUCCGGCUGACGAAGGCAGAACUGGCCAAGCACGCUGAGAAGGUCAAUGAUGACGAGGACGUUGUCUGGAGGACGAGCUAUUUAGAGGUCAACUCAACAAGAGGGCCUGUAAUAGGAAUGGACUCACCUGGCAAACAUCCCCCUCCCUGGGUCAAUCGCACGGACGGGUCAUCACAAAUUGCCCACGUGCGGUACUCCAGUGAUUUAAACAUUCAGCCUUAUUUUCGUGAGAGGAGUGUCCUGGUGACCAGGGUGCCCACCGACAGGCACAAUUGGGGAUGGAACGCCUGCACUGCGUGGGAGCUGGGGGACUUGGAUACAGAGAUUCCUGUGCACGAUCUCUUCUACCCUUCGAACGGUCCUCCGAGAGGGUUCAAAAGGACGCACUGGGAGAGUGCUGAACGUGCUUACCCUGCCAAUGCCCGAUACCACGUUGCAGAGCCCAUUCUUUCACCUGACCCAAUUUACAGUCAGGCCGCCUCGCAUUUGGAGGCAUGUAAAGUCACCUGGUCAAUAGGGACUGAUCUCCUUGCUGCUCCGUUCCCCGCUGCUGCUCUGUCUUGGGGACUGGCUACUGUAGCCAGUGCAGUGACUCCCCCUCACACUGACUAUGGAGGAUUGGCUGUGAAAAUACACUGUCUGGUCGGUAGGAAACUCUGGUUUAUAAUCCGGAAGAGGGAUGAGCCUAGCGAAGCCAUGAGUUGGGAUACAUUUGUUCGCGACUUCCAGGCCGAUAGCAAGGUCGACCCAAAUGUGUAUGAAUGUGAAGUGAUAAUUGUCGAGCCAGGCUCUCUUUGGUUUCAACGUCCAAACACUUUACAUGCUGUUGUUAUGGAGUCAAACUGCCUAGUGUUCGGGCAACAUUUCUUUUCAUCAUCAGGUAUACGUUCGGUCGUCAUGGGUUGGAUUCACAUGACGUUCUUGUGCUUUGCCAUCACCAACGUAGAACACCGGGACAUGAGGGUGUUGUUACUACGCCUGAUGGCAUACUGGAAAAAGGUCAUCACUGAUGGCGAGGACGUUGAAGACCAUGAUGGCCAUGUGCCCAACAUUACAAGCCGAGUGGGUUUCCUAGACAUCUGUGCCCUCGGGAACCUCAUUAUUUACCUUCACGUGCUCUCUGGUCAACAAGAUCAGUACUGGAAUGAUCUUCGUUUCGCUGUCGCCCAGUAUUGGGAAAUUGUGUCCUGGGCCAAUGAGCGACUGGUGCUCACUGGCCUAAACGAAACUGAAAAGGUUUAUGAGGUUCAUGUGGCAUUCAAGUUGUCUGUGUUGCAAUUUGGAAUUGGGUUACUGGAUUAUCAUGACUCUCUCAAAGGAAGCCAGUUGUACAAAGCAGUGGAACCUGCUACGUCGAGAAGUCGGCAAGCAAGAUUGACAGCAGGAGGCCCAUCUCUUUUGGGGACCGCCGUUUCGAGUGGUUUCGGUAAACGUCGGCUAACAUGGCUCGCAGAGAUCCCUGAAGAAAUAUCCAUCCUCACCUAUGCCGAAUUCGCAUGGCAGUCCGCCCCUGAAUCUGAUCUCUCAUCCUUAAGCGACUUGUCGGGGGAUGACGCAGGAGGCCCUUCUCAGAUUGGUCCUUCUCUGAUUCUUGUCAGUCCACGGGGGAAGAAAGCUUUGCGCAAGAGUAGGGGAUAUAAGUCUUCACCUGGAAGUAGCAAGGACAGUGACAAAUCAAAGGAUGAAGCACUUGGAAGUAGCAACAGUGAUGAGUCGUUUACAUCCAAGCAAAGUGCUGCGCGCCGCAGGAGAUGUCGUGCAUCUUCACUCGGUAGCAGCAAUGACAUGGACCAGGAAGAUUCGGAAGAAGAUGCGCUCCGCAGUGACAGUGAUGAGGAUGACGGUUCUAGAGUCCUGGUCACUCAUGGCACAGACGACAUGGACAGUGAUCAAUCAGAUGACGAUGGACUUCAAGGAUUUAGUGAUGAGGACGGUGUAUCGAAGGACGUGCUCACUCAUGGCAUGGCAGACAUGGAUGAGGAAUUGGACGCUGACGAUCCUGACCCUGACAAAGCGACCAGAGUGAAUGAUGCAGAGAUGGCAAGUGUUGAAGAGUCCUGGAAUUCGUUGUCCCCGGUGCCCAUUCUUGACGCCACUCCAGAAGAUAUCGAUUGGCCAACUGAAGACCUGAGCAGGUCAGUGCCUCCCAAACUUGGUCCCCAGUCUGUACCUGGUCAUCAGCCACCUGCCAUUCCCUCAGCGCCAUCGCCAGGAGCGGGAUCUUCGCUUGAGCUGAUGGUCGAUAUGGUGCUGGACCUCCCAUCGUCAAGCUCAUUUCCUCUGCCGCCCCUACCUCUGAAACGUGGUUUGGAACAUGACGACCCAAUGGAAGCAUUGGACUUCAAACGGCACAAGAGCGACGCGGUAGCGGAUAUUCCCGAUCUGAAAGAUCUUAUCGAAUCCACCAGUCAAAGUCUCACCGGAUUGACAGGACAUCCUUUGCCUUCUGACCUGGUCAAAAACAUAGUCGAUGCAGUGGACCAGUUGCACUCGAAAGGAGGGUCAACCCCAGUCCUCCCCGACAAUCAAGAAGUUCUCGACUUAAGUGAGCAGGAACCAGACAUGGAAAUAGAAUCUGAACCGGAGUCUCCCAAGGCCGUCUCACAGUGGCGAGACGAGAUUAAACAGGCCUUGCAGGCCUACUUAGAGAACCAUCAGCCUGUACAUCCCCUUCUAACAGAUGUCCAAGGUGUCACAGAUCCUUCUGAUUUGUACCAGGUUCGUGACCAAGAUUUUCCUUUGCAUUGGUAG